AUGAUUGAGGUGCAAGAUCUCAUUGUCUCACGAGGGGGAGAUCCCAAAAAGGUGAUUGAAAGUCUGCAGAAGAGAUACGCGCCUACGGAGAUCGUCGACGAAGUCAUUGCUUUGUGGAAUGACGCCUACCAGACACGGUACAAGGCGACGCAGUUCGGCGCAAAGAUCAACGCGGUGCAGAAAGAGAUUGGCAAACUGAAGAAGGCCAAACAAGAUGCAGACCACUUGCUGAAAGAGAAGGCCGAACUCGAGAAACAGAAAAAGGCGACCGAAGAUGAGGCGACCGAGAAGGAAAAGCUGAGAGACAAAAAGUGCAAAUUGAUUGGCAACUAUGUCCAUGAGUCGGUCCCGGUCAAUGAUAACGAGGACUUCAACGAGGUGAUCAAGCGCUGGGCCCCCGAGGGCGUUAAGGUCGAGAAGAGGGACUGUCUUUCCCACCACGAAGUCAUGACUCGGGCAGAUGUCUACGAUGGCGAACGGGGCGUCAAGCUGGUCGGACAUCGAGGUUAUUUUCUGCGGAAAUGGGGUGUCCUUCUCAACCAGGCCCUCAUCAACUACGGUCUGCAUUUCCUGGUGGGCCGAGGCUACGAUCCGAUUCAACCGCCCUACUUCAUGAAGGCUGAAUACAUGGCCAAGACGGCCCAGCUGGAACAGUUCGACGAAGAGCUGUACAAGGUCGUCGAGGGCGCCGAUGCCGAAGACAAGUACCUCAUUGCCACUUCGGAGCAGCCCUUGUCCGCCAUGUUCGCCGACGAAUGGCUGACUGAGAAGGACUUGCCGAUGAAGUUCGCAGGCUACAGCUCCUGUUUCAGAAAAGAAGCGGGCUCGCACGGCCGAGAUGCUUGGGGCUUGUUCCGGAUACACCAGUUCGAAAAGAUCGAGCAAUUUCUCUUCGUCAAGCCCGAGGAAUCGUGGCAAGCUCUCGAAGAUAUGCGAGAAACGGCAGAGGCGUUCUAUCAGUCGCUCGGUUUGCCGUACCGAGUCGUCGUGAUCGUUUCAGGGGCAUUGAACAACGCCGCAGCAAAGAAAUAUGAUCUGGAAGCCUGGUUCCCUUACCAGGGCGAGUACAAGGAGCUGGUCUCGUGCUCAAACUGUACAGACUACCAGACUCGCGAACUUGAGAUCCGGUACGGACAGAAGAAAGGGGCCAUUGAUGCCAGGAAGUCGUAUGUCCACGCUCUGAACGGUACAUUGUGCGCCACGGAACGCACACUAUGCUGUCUACUGGAGAACUAUCAGAAGGAGGACGGAUUCGAGGUCCCAGAGGCUUUGAGACCCUACAUGCCGCCGGGCACACCGGACAUCAUCCCUUACACCAAGGAACUGCCCAAGGAGUCGACUUCGGUCAAGGCCAAGCAGCAACCAAAGCCAAAGGCUGAUGGUGGUGCUCCUGAAGGUGGGCCGAAGCUCAACAUGCCGGCAGCUGAAAAUGUCGCUGACAAGAUGAAGGACAUGAAGGUUUGA